AUGAUUCUGACCGUUUGUCUCGGUGGAUUAGAAGGAAUGUAUGUGGAAGGUUGGACUUUUGUAGAAGGCUUUUACGCAUGGUUCGCUACACUUUCCACUCUAGGUUACGGUGACUACGUUCCCGGAUGGAGUGUGCUUUUACAAGUUGAAGAAUCUUCAAAUCCAAAAUCUCAGUUAAAUCUUGUUUUGAUCAUCUUUAUUUCAGCUCUCCCAAGCAUGGCAGCUCUGUGUGUAGUUGCUGGUUUUCUAAACUCACUCGCUGAAACCAUUGAAGAGUUAAAAAAAAUCAAAUCGAACGCUCGGAAUCUUUUUCUUGGGCAUCAUAACAAGAUAAUGGAAACUGGAAGUACAUAUAGCAACGAAGCAAUUUGCGGUUCCAGAAGAGCGCGAUCGGCCACUUUGUAA